UUGCUCUCAUCUAUCCAAAAACACCUGAGCAUAAUGGACACAUCAAAAUCACUUGCUCAUGGCUGUAUAGAGGUUGAUGCCACUCAUUGGAAUAGGAUCGCUUUUUUGGCUCUCUACUCAAACUCACUCAUACCAUCUCUCCACUUGGCUGUCCAUGCUAGAAUCAGACCAAAGCUUGGCAUUGACAUCAACAGCAUUGAGCGCAAGUUGUAUGGUGAUGAGGCGGAUCAUGAUGGUAUACCACUGGAUAGCACAUUGGUGACUGAUGAACAUGGGGAAACCCAAGGUACAUGUGCUACAGGUGACAAUGGUGAUUCCACUGGGACUGACAACUUGGAUGAGCACUUGGGUGGGAAUGGUGAUGCAGACCAGGACUAUGAGCUUGAAGAUAACAAAGGCAUCAAUACCACCAUGUUAAACAGCCAGCCACUUCACCCAGAUGACUCCAGCUUUGGGGACAAUGGCAGGCCUGUUAUUUUCAGCACAGGGAAAUUUUGGGACUUUGUCAAUAUUUCACUUGAAAAUGUUCACAAAAUUGCCAAGGAGGAGGCCAUGGCUGAUCAGAGUGGAAAUACAGGAUACAAAACCGCAUUUCGGCAGUAG